UGUAAUGAAUUUCGAUGAUGCUUCUUUAUCUUCACUUCAUACUUAUAGAGUCAAGACUCGAUAACAACUUAAAGGCAUUCAGCAUUCCAUUAAAAAGUCCAAGAGAAAAUACUGUCACAUUUCUCCUGAUAGAAAGAAAUAAUUAAUUUCCCUUGUCCUUGAUAAAAAGCUUAGAAUCAAAGAUGUAUUCAUUUAUUCUUAUUAAUUUAUAUAGGCUGCUAUCAUUUGUAAUUUAAAUUACUCCACUGCAAAAACCAUUCUCUACACUUUGAGACAUCGACCACCCAAGUAAGCAGGAUUCAAAUAGUAUUCAAGUAAAUGCAAACCAAGACUAAUGAUGAAAACUCUAAUCAAGGGAACACUCAUUAAUGAGUAUGAUUUUUAUUCACAUUUGAAUUAAAGCUGA